UUAAAACGCAAAUAACUAAUUACUUUAUAUUUAUUAAUAAUUAUAUGAAAAAUGACAGAGAGUAGAAUAGAAUUUUUAUGGAAAGCUGCAAAUAGUCUCAAUUCAGAAAAUUAUGCUGCUCUACGUAGCAAUCUUCUUGCUAGAUGUCAUGAUUAUGCUCGACAUGAAGUAAAUUUACCUAAAAAGUUGUUUAGCGUUUCAUCGAUGUGCCAGAAAUGUUUUACACCAUGGCGUUUCGGGCAAUAUAAAUGUAUUCUUAAACCAGAAAGAAAACAAAUUAAAAAAUUAAAGAAGAAAAAGCUGUGUAAAAAUAAAACUUCUUCAAAUGACACACAAAAUACCCUUAAGAAUCAAUUAGUUUUAUUUUGCAAUGUUUGUAAAAAUAAAAAUGUUCAAGUUCUUCAUAAACCUCUAAAAUUGAAACCUCAGGUUGAAGAAUCAACCCCAUGUAUUAAGAAACGCAAAAAAAAGAAAGAUAAAUUUGCUGGCCUUUCCGAAAAGGCUGUUCUAUCUGCUGGUCCAAAACACGAUUUAGAUAAAAAUAUCAUGCGCAAUAAAAAAAGGUUGUCUUUUAGUAAUGAAGAGCAUAAAAACACAACAGAAGUAUCUGUUAAUGCUACACCAAAAUCAAAUGAAACUCCUAUGGUUUCUAGACCAAUUUUCAAAUCAGAAGUAUCAAGUGCUAAUCUUGGCAAUAUUGUAGUGACUAAGAAAAGUAAAAAGCAAAAGAAAAAUUCAGCUGUUGCUAAACUAGAAAACAAGAAACAAAGUAAAACAAACAAUUCAAUAAAAGUUUUAGCUGAAAUUUUGAAGAAAAGUAAAUCAACUGACAAUAAUUCUAGAUUGAAACAACUUUUAAAAAGUGUUUAAUAAUCUGUAUUAUGUAU